ACGCUGCGUCCCGUCAGCGUCAUGGCGGGCACCGACUGACGGAGAUUUAUAGGAUGCUGACAGUGCACCGGGAACAAGAGAGGACAAUGCUGCGAUCAUGACCAGUGCCGAUGGCUUCUCAAAAUGCGAGCGUCAACAGAGAGGCAGCAGCCGGAGGAGGCCACCUGCAGAGAUGCUCCAUCUGCUCUCAGCUGUCAUUGUCUGGCUGGUGACCGGCACCACCAUCUCCAGCCUCAACAAAUGGAUAUUCGCAGUGUACAACUUCAGGUACCCUCUGCUGCUGUCAGCACUGCACAUGCUCACAGCCAUCGUGGUGGACUAUGGGCUGAUCAAACUGAGGGUGAUCCGCCACAGAGCGGCAUCGCAGCAGGACUUGACCCCCAGUGCAAAAUGUAAGGUGUUCCUGCUGAGUCUGACUUUUUGUGCUAGUAUCGCCUUUGGGAACGUGGGUCUGAACUAUGUCCAACUGUCAUUUGCGCAAAUGAUCUACACCACCACCCCGCUCUUCACCCUGGCCAUCUCGACUCUGAUCCUGGGAAAGCAGCACCACAUUCUCAAAUACACGGCCAUGAUGCCCAUCUGCCUGGGGGCGUCCUUCAGCAUCAUGGGAGAGGUCCAGUUUGAUCAGACCGGCUGCUUCUUUGUGUUUGCGGCGACCAUGCUGAGGGGUGUCAAGUCCAUUCAGCAGAGCAUUUUACUUCAGGAGGAGAAGAUCAACUCUGUGUUCCUGCUCUACCUGAUGUCCAUUCCCAGUUUCCUCAUCUUGAUGGUGGCUGCUCUGGCCUUAGAAAACUGGGCCUUGAUGGAGUCCCCGCUUCAUUACGACUGUCACCUGUGGGUCUUCAUCCUGCUCAGCUGCCUGGGCUCGGUCAUGUACAACUUGGCCAGCUGCUGCGUCAUCACGCUCACCUCGGCCGUCACUCUGCAUAUUCUUGGCAACCUGAACGUGGUGGGGAACCUGCUGCUGUCUCAGCUGCUUUUUGGCAGCGAGCUGUCUGCCCUCAGCUGUGCGGGCGUGGUGCUAACGCUGUCAGGCAUGCUUAUUUAUCAGAACUCAGAGUUCAUCAGCAGCUACCUGGAUGCACGGAGGGCUAAACCUAAGGAGUUUGAACAAUUAGAGUUUCACAGUGCCACUGGAGAGGGUUUGGUUGAAGCAACAAAGUGUGAAAAAACACAUCGUCAGCAGACAUUUGACGAGAAACGGGAAGACAAACUGGAUUAAAGUGGAAUUAUAAAGAAUAGAUUAAACUAAUAAACGUGCUGGACACUUUAAUUUCUGUUCUCUGGCCUGUGUGUCAACAAUCAAGAGUAGUGCAACCUUACCGUACUGAUGGAACGAGAAAUGAUUUUCCUCCUCCCUGUGUUGAUCGGUUAUUCCUCUGAUCAACAAAAAGGCAUCUUUUCUAUCUAGUGUGCACAAAGAAACGACUCCUUCGUGUUUCAUGUAAACCGUUAAUAGAGUUUCCGUUCUGCCCGACAGCAGAA